AUGAAGACCGCCAGCCGCGCCCAGCCCCGCAGCAGUCCUCCGCUGGUCCAGAUGAGGCGCUACACACCCGGGCUGUAUCCUUUCCUGUUCCCUUCCGUCAUCAGCUCCCUGCCACAGCUGCCGCUGCCAUCACCUCAGAGGCUGCAGAUCCAGCAGCCAUCAAGCAGCGGCAGUACACCUUCGCCUGUUGCCAUUGAAACACAGAGCACCAGUUCUGAGGAGCUCGUCCCCAGCCCACCAUCCCCGCUGCCCCCUCCCAGAGUCUACAAGCCUUGCUUCGUCUGCCAGGACAAGUCCUCUGGAUACCACUAUGGAGUCAGCGCUUGUGAGGGCUGCAAGGGGUUUUUCCGCCGCAGCAUCCAGAAGAACAUGGUGUACACAUGUCACCGGGAGAAGAACUGCAUUAUCAACAAGGUGACGAGGAACCGCUGUCAGUACUGCCGCCUGCAGAAGUGCUUUGCCGUGGGAAUGUCCAAAGAGUCUGUUCGAAAUGACCGGAAUAAGAAGAAGAAAGAGAGCCCAAAGCCGGAGCUGGCAGAGAGCUACGAGCUGACAGCCGAGCUGGAGAACAUCAUUGAAAAGAUUCGCAAGGCCCAUCAAGAAACCUUCCCCUCCCUCUGCCAGCUUGGCAAAUACCACACGAACUCGAGUGCAGACCACCGUGUGAGGCUGGACCUGGGCCUGUGGGACAAAUUCAGCGAGCUGGCCACCAAGUGCAUUAUCAAGAUCGUGGAAUUUGCCAAACGAGUGCCUGGCUUCACGGGGCUGACCAUCGCAGACCAGAUCACGCUCCUGAAAGCUGCCUGCCUGGACAUUUUGAUCCUGCGCAUCUGUACGAGGUACACCCCCGAAAAGGACACCAUGACCUUCUCCGAUGGGCUGACCCUCAACCGGACGCAGAUGCACAACGCUGGCUUCGGCCCUCUCACUGAAUUGGUGUUCACUUUUGCCAACCAGCUGCUGCCCAUCGAGAUGGACGACACGGAGACAGGCCUCCUCAGCGCCAUCUGUCUCAUCUCUGGAGAUCGUCAGGACCUGGAGGAGCCCUCCAAGGUGGACCAGCUCCAGGAGCCCCUGCUGGAGGCUCUGAAGAUCUACGUGAGGAAGCGCCGUCCCAGCAAACCCCACAUGUUCCCCAAAACCCUGAUGAAGAUCACCGACCUGCGCAGCAUCAGUGCUAAAGGAGCAGAACGCGUCAUCUCUCUGAAGAUGGAGAUCCCAGGUUCCAUGCCGCCGCUAAUCCAGGAGAUGCUGGAGAACUCGGAGGGCCAAGACAGCCAGGGCAACAGCAACAGCACUUCAGCUGAGGCCGCGGAAGGUGAAGGUGAAGGUGAAGGUGACGGUGAAGGGGCCAGUCCCAGCGGCAAGGACAAUCCCAAGGAGGACACCCCUGCCCAGGAGUCGCCGGGUUCCUUGGACACAGAGGGGGCUGCAGCCACCCCUCCUAGCGAAGAGCCCUAG